GCCAUGCUGAAUAAAAACAAGAAGGAGAAAGAACCACCAAAACCGGUGAAGAGUGGAAAAGAUUCAAAAGAAGGACAAGAAGCAGCAGAGUCAGAGAUAGCCACUAGGAAAAACAGCCUGGUGGCUGUCCAGUCUUCGACAUCUGCUAAAAUAAAAGUCCCAGUCCCUCAGUCAGUUGUCAUCCCUGUUAAGAAAGACAAACAGCAGAAUUCUUCACGGUUUAAUGCCAGCAAUAACAGAGAACUGCAAAAACUCCCAUCUUUAAAAGAUGUCCCUCCUGCGCAUCAAGAGAAGCUCUUCAUCCACAAGCUUCGUCAGUGUUGUGUCCUCUUUGACUAUGUUUCUGACCAGCUGAGUGGCCUGAAGUGGAAGGAGGUGAAGCAGGCCGCGCUGAGUGCGAUGGUAGAGUACAUCACCCACAACAGCAACGUGAUCACAGAGCCCGUGUACCCAGAGGUUGUCCACAUGUUUGCAGUUAACAUGUUUCGAACCUUGCCACCCUCCUCCAAUCCCACUGGAGCAGUAUUUGACCCAGAAGAAGAUGAACCAAUGUUGGAAACAGCCUGGCCUCAUCUGCAGCUUGUUUAUGAAUUUUUCUUAAGAUUUUUAGAGUCUCCAGAUUUCCAGCCCAAUAUAGCAAAGAAAUAUAUUGAUCAGAAGUUUGUAUUGCAGCUUCUAGAGCUCUUUGACAGCGAGGAUCCUCGGGAGAGAGAUUUUCUAAAAACUACCCUUCACAGAAUCUAUGGGAAGUUCUUAGGUCUGCGUGCUUACAUCAGGAAACAGAUAAAUAAUAUAUUUUAUAGGUUUAUUUAUGAGACAGAGCAUCACAAUGGCAUAGCAGAAUUACUGGAAAUACUGGGAAGUAUAAUUAAUGGGUUUGCCUUACCGCUGAAGGAAGAACACAAAAUUUUCCUGUUAAAGGUGUUGCUGCCCUUGCACAACGUGAAAUCCCUGAGUGUCUACCAUCCCCAGCUGGCGUACUGUGUUGUGCAGUUUUUGGAGAAGGACAGCACCCUCACUGAACCAGUGGUAAUGGCACUUCUCAAAUACUGGCCAAAGACUCACAGUCCAAAAGAAGUAAUGUUCUUAAAUGAAUUAGAAGAGAUUUUAGAUGUAAUUGAACCAUCAGAAUUUGUGAAGAUCAUGGAACCUCUUUUUCGACGGUUAGCCAAGUGUGUUUCCAGCCCUCACUUCCAGGUGGCAGAGCGGGCGCUGUAUUACUGGAACAAUGAAUACAUCAUGAGUUUAAUCAGUGAUAAUGCAGCGAAGAUUCUGCCCAUCAUGUUUCCAUCCUUGUACCUCAACUCAAAGACCCACUGGAACAAGACAAUACACGGCUUGAUAUACAAUGCCCUGAAACUCUUCAUGGAGAUGAACCAAAAACUCUUCGAUGACUGUACCCAGCAGUUCAAAGCAGAGAAACUGAAAGAGAAGCUAAAAAUGAAAGAGCGAGAAAAAGCAUGGGUUAAAAUAGAAAAUCUAGCCAAAGCGAAUCCCCAGGUACUGAAAAAGAGAGUGGCGCAGGAGUGUUGAGGCGUUGCUUGAAUGUUUGAUGAAGUAGGGUGAUCGGGCUCCACCCCAGGAAGGGAGGCGUCGUCACUAACACUGUAUGUGCAAAUGUCCACAAUAAAACACUUCCCAACUUUGUAA